CUGUUCUUUGAGACAAAAGUACUAGUACGAUGAAAGGUGACAUUGGUGUUGCAAGAAGUGUUGAUCAAGGUGCCACAUGGGAAUUUCUGGGCAUUGCUUUAGAUGAGAAAUGGCAUUUGUCUUAUCCAUUUGUGUUCAGCUAUGACCAACAAAUCUAUAUGAUGCCUGAAAGCAGUAAAAGGGAGCUUCGACUUUAUCGAGCAACAAGGUUUCCUCUCAAGUGGACUCUGGAGAAGGUGCUUCUAAGGAAGCCACUAGUCGAUGCCUCAUUGAUCCAAUAUGAGGGAUGCUACUGGCUCUUUGCUUCGGAUUUUAGCCGGUUUGGCACUGAGAAGAAUGCAGAGCUUGAAAUAUGGUACAGUAGCUCACUGCUUGGUCCCUGGAAACAGCAUCAAAGAAACCCUAUAUACAGAGGUGACAGAAGCUUGGGAGCUCGAAGUGGGGGAAGACCUUUUAUAUAUGAAGGGUCUCUCUAUCGCCUGGCCCAGGACUGUGGUGGGACCUAUGGCCAAAGGAUCAGAACUUACAAAGUUGAAAAGCUAAGCAAGGAAGAGUUCAGGGAGGUUCCUGUAAAGCUUGGGAUUGAAGAGUCAAAGAAAGGUCGAAAUGCUUGGAAUGGUAUCAGAUACCAUCAAUUAGAUACACAGCAACUUCCAUCGGGUGACUGGAUUGCGGUAAUGGAUGGAGAUCGUGUUCCUUCAGGUGAUACUACAUGGCGAUUUCUCCUUGGCUGCACAUUUGUCCUGCUGCUCUUUUUAUUGGUCAUAUUGAUGGGCUUUUUGGUUGGCGCCAUGAACUUUAUUGUUCCUCCAAGCUGUUGCAUGACCUUAAGUAGGAGAAAUGGGCCACCGUGGUUUUGGACUCGUCCCCUGUUUAACUUGAAGGUACGAAAACGUUUGGGUGGCAUGAAAAGAAAUGGCUCUGCUUUCGGAGGGAGAGCAUAUACUAAAACAUGCUCUGGCAAGCUGGUUCUCUGCCUCCUUGCUUUUGUAGGUGGGAUUUUGGUCUGUAUGGCUGUGCAUUUUCUCUUUGGAGGGAACGGUGCUGGAGAGGCAUACAUGUACCAGGGACAAUAUUCACAGUUUACUAUGCUUACAAUGACUUAUGAAGCCCGGCUUUGGAAUUUGAAACUAUAUAUCAAGCACUAUUCUCGAUGUGCAUCUGUGAGAGAGAUUGUUGUUGUGUGGAACAAGGGAGACCCUCCAAGCCCAGAUGAUUUUGAUUCUGCUGUCCCUGUGAGGAUACGGGUGGAAGAGCUCAAUUCUCUCAACAACCGAUUCAAGGUUGAUCCUCUGAUCAAGACUAGAGCUGUUCUUGAACUAGAUGAUGACAUAAUGAUGACUUGUAAUGACAUAGAGAAAGGGUUUAGGGUCUGGAGAGAGCAUCCUGAAAGAAUUGUAGGCUUUUAUCCACGACUGGUAGAUGGCAGCCCUUUGGAAUACAGAAAUGAGAAUUAUGCUCGUGGGAAGAGAGGUUACAAUGUUAUACUUACUGGUGCUGCCUUCAUGGACAGUGAAUAUGCUUUCAAGAGAUACUGGAGUGAAGAAGCAAGAGGGGGAAGAGAUUUUGUGGACAAGUCCUUCAAUUGCGAGGACUUGCUGCUGAACUUCCUAUAUGCAAAUGCAAGUUCUAAGAGGACUGUGGAGUAUGUCCAUCCAGCCUGGGCUAUUGACACUUCUAAGCUGUCAACUGCUGCUAUAAGCCGAAACACCCAAAUGCACUACAAGAGUAGGACAAAUUGCUUGUCAAAAUUUUCCGAGAUGUAUGGUCCUCUUUCCCGGCAUAAAUGGGAGUUUGGUAGUAGGAAAGAUGGCUGGGAUGUAUAGGCUAAUUUAUUAAAGGUGGAAAAUAGAGGGACAAAGCAAAGGCAUCGUCGAAAUUUUCAUUUUUGGUCAAAGCAGUGGUUAUUUUGAGAGUGUUUGAUAUGGAAACAUGGGAAGUUUGCUGUAUGCUUGGAGGGAAAGCUAUGUCUAGAGGACUGCCAAGAAAAAUGUACAUUAUUUGAGUUAUUCUGAGAUGAGCAGACUUACAGCUAACCAAGGGCAAGGUGGACUCAGCAAGAAAUCGGAGUGCCACUCUGUAGUUACAAAAGGCUACCAGACUUCACAAUAACGACAACAACAACAGUGAAAAUAUUUAUGGGGCUGUAGAAAUGAAGUAACCUGUUUACAAAAACAGCUGUUCAUGAGUUGAUUGGUUCCAAACUCACUCAAUCGAGAAGUUGCUUGUAACACCUUAUCCUUUAUAAUCACUGAGGAUUAUGUUAAUAUACUUGGAUGCCCAUUUUUGGCGAGUGUAUGCUUCAACACUGUUUUUUACAGCAAUUGUUGCAUGAACACGUUGUUAUUGUUUUAUUGUAUUAUAGUGCAGUGUGAUUGGAUUUUUUAUAUAUGUGGUAUCAGAAGCUCUCUGUUUCUUGAA